AUCCUGUCCGAGGAGCGCGUGGAGCGGCCGGGGAAUCAGGUAAAAGCUGAGUGGAAGCCAGGACAGGGCAUCGUGGAGCUGCUGUCCCCUGCGGGGAAGUUCUGGCACACCAUGGGGUUCUCGGAGCGAGGCAAACAGUGCUUGCUGCCUGAGGAAGCUCUGUACCUGCUGGAGUGUGGCUCUGUCCAGCUCUUUUUCAGGGAUCUGCCCAUGUCAAUCCAGGAAGCCUACGAGACCCUGCUGUGCCAGGAGACAAUGACCCUGUCACAUUACCAGGUGUUCAGCCACUUGAAGCAACUGGGUUAUAUUGUACUGAGAUUCGACCCCAGCACUGUCCCGUCUCCCUACGAGAGGCAACUGAACUUGGAAAGUCACUGCAAGAGCUCUGGGAAACACCAUCGCAAAAGGAGGAGGAGUUCCAGCCCCCGGUCACAUGAAAAGAAACAUAAGGUAUCUGAGGACCUUCCAGGAGCUGAAGGGACCUCCAGCAAAGAUGGAGAUGACUGUGGAGACUCCAUGUGCCUUCCCAUGGAUGAAAAGCCCUUGUCAGUACAGCCAAAGGAAUCAGAUGCUGGCAGUGCAGAGCAGGAGUCAAACCCAGUUCCUCUUGAUACAGGACAAAAGAACUCUCUGAGUCCCUCCAGGAGCCAGGCUGAAGACCACAAGGAGAGCAGCAGUGGCACCCGUGCACCCCGCUGGGAUUUUAGCACCAUCACCUUUCCAAACGUGGCCCCAGACCAGCCGUGCACACACCUGCCCUCCCCUGACAGCAGGCUCCUGCCAGAGAACGUGCCAGGGAGGGAGGUUGAUGCAGUUUCCUGGUGCACACGCAUCAACCAGAAACAGGAGAAGCUGACCCGGAAGGAGAGGAGGCAGCGGGAGAGGGAGAGCAGGUAUAAGAGCAGCGUCAAUGCCGACCAGGAGGUGAGGCGCUGCUCCAACUGGCAGGAGUACAAAGCCCUUUUGGAGCAGAGGAGACAGCAGAGGGUUUGGAAACGACCAUCACAUCUCUGGGACCAAGCUGUCACGCCACUUCUGCGGCCAGAUGAAGCUACCUCGUCAGCUGCGCUGCUCCAGCAGAUCAGUGUGCUGCAGCCCUCCCACAUCCUGGAUGGAGCCUCCCGGCUGCAGGAGGACCCAGAGGCCAUGAAGAUAGACUUCAAUGUGUAUCAAGCAGAUGCUGUGUCCAGGUUUAAGAAGACAAACCCUGGGAAGCCAUAUGUCAGGAUGUGUGUUCGGAGCUUUGACGAGCAGAUCCCGUCCCUGCGGGCUCUGAAGCAGGUGACGUACCUGAGCGGGGACGUCCCGCUGGUCUUCGCACUGGUGGAUCACGGAGAAAUCACCUUCUAUUCACUGAAGGAAUUCAAGUUGCCUGUUGAUGUUAGUCACUGAAGCUGCUGUCACUUGCAGGAAUGGUAUGGGAUGAAGGGAAGAGCUCUGCUCAGGAUUUGUUGUCCUGAUCAAUCAAAUAUUACAGAAAAUAGAACCUGGAACCUUGGGUAGUUGACCACUUUAUGUCUGUAACAGACUUCACUUGCCCAGAUGGCUCAGGCAUAAUAGCAUGAUUUACAGCAAACAAGUGGGUAUGGCUUAGCUGGGCAUUUCUGGACUGGAGUCUUUGUUCUUGAAGCCGCUGGUUCUCCAGCUUUUUCACCUUGUGGACCACCAGUCUGCCUUUUUUGUCAUCUUUCACUGACCUGUGGACCAUUAGCAAACACCUUACCUGGUGAUCCUUGUCACAUGUUAAGAAGCACUGUGUGUUGAAUGGAGUGUCACUGAGGUCAGCUGGGGACAGAAUAAGCUGAUCAGUGGUGGUGUCCUGAGCCUCUGUCAUUCAGCUCUGCCAAUGACCAGCAGAUCAGAUUCUGAUCUGAAAAAGGCAUGGCCAUAAACUCAGUCACCUGGAGUAAAGUUUCCAGACACUCGAGAGCAGGAAAGUGUGCCUUUAACACAAUUUCAUCAGGCAGAGGUCACAGAAAGCCCCAGAGCAUUGCAGAUGGCACCUCAGCCUCGUGCUGCAGCAGCUGUGCUAAAGCAUGUUAAAGUUUGACCAGCACUGUCAGCACACUGUCUCUGAUAGUCUCACCAGGGCUGAACUGCAGCCUCUCUGUUUCAGCCCAACAUCCUCUUUCCUGGCUGUGGAUCCUUGUUAUUUCUCUUGCAAGUGAGAGAUCCCUCAGUAAAGAAAAAAGCUGCAAAUUCCUAAUGAGCCUUCCAGUCCUGUGGCUGUUGUCCUCCAAACCAAGGAUAUCAUUGCUUUCCACCAGGAUAUCUUGGUACCAAAUUUGCUUUAGCGUCUAUGCAAAAAGUGCCAGGUGCCAGAAGGUCUGCUCAGUGGAUGGAAGUGAGCUGAGCAUGGCUGUGUUUGGUGUCAAGAUUUUCAGAACUGUAAGAGCAACUGGUUUAGAUGUGUUUUAUUUGCUAUUUUUUUAAUUCCUUUUGGAGAUGUGGAGAAGGCUAAGCAAUAAAAAAAUCUUUUUC